CAUAAAAUAAUAUUUUUUAAGCUUUUUAUUAAAUAACACAUAAACGAAAUGCAUUCAUAUAUAAGUGCUUACGAUCUAAACGAACGUUUAUUAACUGCUAUUCAUAGUGGCAAUUAUGAUGAUACAUUGUCUUGUCUAAUGCAGGGUGCCGAAGCUUCUAAUAUAUCAUUAACUUGUGGUCGUACAGCGGUGGGCACAGCGGCUUUAGUGGGCGAUGUUGAAAUAUUGGAAUUAUUAAUACAAUCAUGCGAAGAACCGGAUUUGGACAUAUUCAAAGCAAAUCGUUCCAGUUCAAGUGAAAUUGAACUUGACAUAACCCCGGACGGCAUGGAUUGCUUAGAGUGGGAAGAUGAAUUCAUUGCAGACUCUGAUAAUGAAUCGUUGAACGGCAACGAUGAGCAUAUGGAAGAGUUCACUUCAUUAUAUUAUUAUUACGCUAAAACGUUCGAAAGUACUGGCUCUAUAGUUGGUCGGAUGGAAAACUACUGCGGUGGACGGACUUCUGGUAAAAAGCAAGAUCCACAUACGAUGGACGCAAUGUCAAUGACACCUUUGCAUUAUGCAGCUGCUUGCGGUCAUUUGGAAUGUGUCCGCCUCUUGUUAGAACAUGGCGCCGCAGUGAAUACAACAGAUUCCAAAGGAUAUACUCCAUUGCAUGUCGGAUGUGAAUAUAGUGAAGUGACCAGGCUGUUAUUAAAAUUCGGAGCCAAUGUGAACAGUAAAACGUUCAAUACGGGUGAUGCUCCAUUGCACUUAGCUUUAAGAAAUCGUUGUCCAAAAGUCGCCAAAAUAAUGCUUCAAACUGAACGGGUACACAUCAACGAAACGAACGACAAUGCCCAAACAUAUCUAAUGUCUGCGAUAGCUCACGAACAACAUGAUAUAGCAAAGGAGCUUAUACAGCGUGGAGCACGGCUUAAUUUACAAGAUAACGAAGGCUAUACCGCUUUAUAUUACGCAGUUGUGCAAAAUAACAUAUCUUUAGCUUCUUCUUUACUUGAGCAAGGUGCGCGUCGCAUUAAUCCUCAUUAUUUACUGCACUAUUGCAUAGCAAACAAUAUGCCAGAAAUGUUACAGCUUUUGUUAGAUCGUGACUCACAUUUGAAUGGUUUAUUUGUUCGUAAUCAAGAUGGUUUUGAGCCUGUUUCAUUAGCUGUGGUAACACACAAAUAUGAAAUGUUACAACAUAUGCUUAACUUAGCUUGGAUAAGCGGACCUCCUGUUUUAGAUUUGUUACGUUUAACGGAUAAUUUCCUAUUGGCCAUACAAUUCAUAGAAACUGUGAAGGAUUUCAAGAACGUAGCACGUGUCUUACUAGCCUACAGCGAUGGCACUAUCUUAAAGCCUCCAAAAACAAAGCACUCUCUUUUUGUCGUAUGCUGCGAACCGAAUUGUAACAGUGUUUUAACUAAAGCUAUUACGCUUAAUAAACUGGACAUAGCCGAAUUUUUAUUAAAGGAGGGAGCGAAUCUGAAACAAAUCUGCCAUAGUGCAGUAAAUUACCUGAGAACUACUUUGCCCGCGGGUUGUAAAGAAUUUUUAAAAUUGACAAUUUGUAUGGGCUUUCAGUGUCCAUUUUAUAAAACCUUUAAUCCACCACCCGAUUGGACCAAUACCAGAUGCGAAUUGGAGCGAGAAUUACGUUUUCUAUGCACUCGACCUUUAUCGCUACAAAUGUUAACACGAAACUGUAUACGCAACAAAUUAAUGGAUAAAUUUCAUAGCAUCUCCAGCACCACCGUUCAAUUCUCAAAUCCUUAUCGCGCAACAAUAAUGAAGUCAAGUUUACAACAAAUGAUUGAACAAUUAGAAAUACCGAAAUGUUUACAAACAUAUUUAAUAGACUUUAAUGAUUGUGAUAGUAUAAUGAGGCAAAAGCAGAAUUAAUGUUAAUAGUAAUUAAGAGGCAUUUACUACUACUUGGCGAAUACGCUAUAAAACAUGUUAAUUAAUU